AUGCCAGCUCCCAAGCUCCCCUUCUCGCGCCCCCAGGUCCCCAUGCACGCGCUGCGAGCGAUUGAACCGGCCCUGCACCUUCCUCGCUCCCUAGACCGGCGUAGCGGACGAUCUGUGCGAGCGAACUCUAUUUCACCGCAUUAUGCAAGACUAUCUCGACCACAUCUACCCCCUCGUGCCGAUCGUCCACCGCCCGUCCUUCCAAGAGUGUCUCCGCAGAGAUCGCCACGAGAAGAUAGCGGGUUCUUCGCCUUGACCGUCGCCAUCGCCGCGCUGGUCGUGGCCACCCUGCUCAGCAAGUUCCAUGUCUACCGAUCGCAUGACCCGCCGCUGCGAUUCUGCACGCGUCGCGAAAUGGUUCGCUUCUGCUACGAGAAGAACCUCGCGCUCAGAACGUCGUACUACUUUGACGAGAUCAAUUUCCAGAAGUUCGCCACCUCGUUCCUCCUCUUCGCGGCGUUCCUCCAGCUGGGGGAUCACAAUCGUGCCCGCAUGCUGGAUGUUGAGUCUAUGCAGUUUGCGCGUCUUUUGAAUCUGCUCUCUAUCUCUGCUUAUGAGGGGCUUAACUGUAUCGAGACACACCUGCGGAAGAAAGGGUUCUGGUUGAUUUUCUACGGCUUUGUUCACACGCAGUUACAGAAUAUGCUGGGAGAGCGACUGUCGUAUCUCGAUCCCGUGCAACUCCAGACCAUCAACCCCGAAGACAUGAUGCCUUUCGAGGUGGACGACGAGCUGAUCUUCGAGAAUGAGGUUCUGAUGCCGACCAUGCCUACUCCGUGUCUGGCCACGGCUUUAUCAUCGAGUCCCGCAUCUUUUGGGCUGCCAUCUGCAGCUCUCACCCGAACAAAAGCGUGCCAGAGCCGCGUGCAUGUGUUCGUGCCCAAGACCCCAGUGUCGGGGUAG